AUGGGUAACAAAGACGAGGACAGGUACCGCCAUUGUCACGCCUUAUCACGGCCAGGGUCCCCGCCAAUCGCCUUAACUCAUCGACUGGAGGAGAGGGCGAGCCCUUUGUGGGUUGCUGACGGAGUGGGUGCUUCAGGGUCGGCCUCCCGGGGGCGGACAAUUACCCAAGUUGAUGACCGGUCCUCCACUGACAGGAUAAAAAGAAAUGUGGGAUAUUGUGCAGAGGGUUACGGCAAUGGCUGGUGGUGGUCUGAAGAUGAGGGGAAAAUACAAACUGAAAAUACGUCUCCAUGGAGGAUGGGAACCAUAACUUGGUGUCCAGAUGACGAAGCACCAUCAAUAUGGACAAGAGAAACGAUCAAGAGUACAGAAAAAGAUGAAUAUGCCUCAAGAGAGACAGUCUACCCUACAUAACAGGAAGAUGUAUCGUGUAGGAGUAAAUGUUGGUUGGAUACGUCCACAUAAAUACUAAAACAGAUUGUAUUAGUGUAUUAAGAUGUUUAUCAACCGUCUACUGUAGCAGUAUUGUAUAGGACUGAGAGAAGGGCUCACUGUGUUGUGUAGGAGUGAGAGGAGGACUCAUUGAAUUACGUAGGAGUGAGGAAACAACUCUGUGUUGUGUAGGAGAGAGAAGGACUGAUUGUGCUAUGUCGGAGUGAGGAAAGGACUCCUUGUGAUGUACAAAAUAUUGAUCAACAAUGUCAUAACAUUGCUGAUUUUAACAUUAUCAUUUUGUACAGUAUUUUAAUUUCAUAACAGAAUAUUUAACUAGUUCAACAAUUUACUUUAUUUUCAGUAAGUAAUAGUAUUACAUCUUUACAACUUCUUUGUAAACAAGGAGUUUUUCCUUUGUGGACAAACUUUAGUAAUUGUAUAAUUUUUGUACUGUAUACCUGUAUAUUGUUCACGUUAGAAAUAGUUAUUUUCUGCGGCAGUGUGUCACUGCAAGUGGCCGUGUGAGGGCCCCCCAGGGUGUAUGAGAGGCCGGCAGGGGCUGUGUGUUGCUCAUAGAAAGUUGUAUAAGGAAUUUAAGGACUAUGUAUGGCGGUCAGGGGCUUUCUGAUGCCAUUAGAGGCUACUUACGGCCACUACGGGCCACGUAUGGCCACUAGGGGCUACAUACAGCCACUAGGGGCUACGUACGGCCACUAGGGGCUACGUACGGUCACUAGGGGCUACGUACGGCCACUAGGGGCUACGUACGGUCACUAAGGGCUAAGUAAAUCGACUAGGGGCUGUUUGUGGCAACUUUGGGAUGUGUGAGGCUCUUUGAGAGCUACUUGUGGCUCUGAGGGGGCUCAUUGAUGCUCCAAGGGGGCUUGUGACGAUGCCAGGACCUAUGGGAGACUACCAGGGGCUGGAGACUAUAUAUAAGAUCCCCAUGGUCUGUGAGAGUCUACCAAGGGCUGUUAUGAGUUUGCUAGUUGUGAAGAGCCACACAGUUUUUAACAAUGACAGCCUCUGGUGGCAUUAACAACCAUUGCAACUGUUUGUAAUAACUCAAUUGU